AUGACAAGGGGAUUCGCAACCAUCAAGCCCGAAUGUGAGGAAGUGUUCGACGCGGUAAAAGAGACCGAUAAGCUCAACUACGUUAUAUACGAAGCGUCUGCGCACGACAAGACGAUAUCUGUCGCUCAGUCCGGUAAAUACCAGGACUACACGGAGAUUCUGUCUCACUUCAAGGGUGACACUCCUCGAUAUGCUGUGAUUAACUUCAAGUAUGAUUCUCCGACUGGCGAUGCGCCGCGACAUAAACUGGUUUUCAUCACGUGGGUGCCGGAGGGAGCAAGCAUCCACGAUAAAGCCUACUACACAACGAACAAAGAUCACCUUUACCGGGCGCUCGAAGAUAUCAGCCUACAUGUGCUGGCAGCCAAUCAGACGGAGCUAGCCCACGCUGCUGUUCUGGGUAAAUUCAAGGUGCUCUAG